AAUAGGUUAAAAGAUUAAAUUUUGGUGGUAGAAAAGAAAAGAUGGGUGUGAUACGCAUCGCAUUGCCGUUGUUGGUUGUAAUGUGCUGCGUUUUGCUGCAAUCUACUAGCGCAUUGAUUCAUGUUGUUGGAGGAACUGAUGGUUGGGAAAUACCCCCUAAUGUCACCUUCUUCGCGGAUUGGGCUAAGCCUAGAACCUUCGGGGUUGGUGACAAAUUAGUGUUUCCAUACAGAAUGGGAGCACACAACGUGCUACAAGUAUCAAAGGCAGACUAUGACAAUUGUGGGCAUGACAAUGUAAUAAACAUGUUUUACAAAGGUCCAACCGUAGUCAAGCUCAACACCACCGGCGAAUACUACUUCUACAGCAGCGUCGGGACUCACUGCGAGCUCGGCCAGAAGCUACACGUUCACGUCGUCCCUGGCAAGGGUUACUCCGGUCGUGGCCGCCACUUCCUCGAAGUUUUUUCCCGUGCUCUUGCUCCCUCUUCUCCUCAUGCUACUAAUUCUGCCCUUAGCACCACUUAUAUUUCAUUCUUGGGCUUGCUCUCUUCUUUCUUGCUGGUUGUGCUACUCAUAUGAUCGUUCACAAAAUUUAUAACACAUGAAAUACAUGGUUUUUUUUUUUAGUUAUUAAUUUUCUUUUGUAAAUUCAGUCACAUUUGUUUAUGUUGGUACGUACAUGAAUGAGUUCAGUUUAUGUGUAUGUUAGUAGAUUAAUUUGGUGUAAUUUUAUUGCAAGUUGUCGGAAAAUUGUAAUUUUGGUUUUGACACAAAUUAAUUUUUUGCAAUAGAUAAGUGGGAAGAUGAGUAAAAUUGAUGUUGCUGUAUGAGAGAGUUUGUUAUAUUGUAUUCUCUCGGUCUCUUAUUAUUUGUUACACACAAAAUGCUAUGGUCCAUUAGGUCCAAUAAAUCAAUUUAGUUUAAUUUGAUCCAUUUUGCUUGCCAAUUAAUUUUUUUGUGGUAAUUAUGUUAAUUCAAUCACACCAGCCUCUAAGCACAUAGUAAGGUAUCCAAUCACCAUGAAGGAUUAACCAACGGA